AUGGCUCAUUCGGUAAGUUUGUGUAUUUGUUUUGAAUAUAUGUUUACGAUAGUUUCAGAGUCAUAGGCUGGAUAAAAUUUGUUUUUGAAUAUAUGUUUACAAUAGUUUUAGAUUAAUAUGUUUAUGAUAUUUUUAGAUUAAUAUGUUGGAUCUUAUCAAAGCUUGUGAAGCUGAAAGUGAACUCGACUUUCUUCAGGAGUCGUUUGUUCUGACUGAUGAGCAGAAGGAAGCUGUUCUUCAACAGCGCAUUAUAUUUUGGACGAACGCGAUGGCCGAAGAUAUUGAACGGGAGAAUCCGGUUGGAGUUGACCCUGAUAUGAUGGCAAACUGGACCGAGGAUCAACGUCGCCUGUUCAACGAAGACUGGGCCAAUGAUGAUGGUUUAUGCGAACUCGAACAGAUGCCUGAACCGCCAGAAAACCAAAUAGGUGAAGGGAGCAAGCGAAGGCACGCCAGUGAUCACGCCCCCUCAAAACGCCAAAGACCAGAGGAGUAUUUCACUAUUAAAUCAGCCAAGCAAGUUAACGUGAGGAAAUUCAGGACGACAGGUACACAUUAAACUGUUUUUAUAUUUUUAAGCGUAACAUCGGCUACGUGUGGGAUAUUGAUUGUUAUGUGCGAGUGAGGUUUCGUUUUUAUUAGGCUCCAUUUACACUAUACCGGAUUGCUAUCGGAGUGGGUCAAUUUGUAGGUAUCGAAAGGCUGUGAAGAUUUUUAAUCUCAGAGCCCCAAAUAAACAUGCCAAUUCUGUCAAACUAAUAAGCAUUUGCUACUAGCCAUUGCUCCGUAACGGCAAAAGAAGAUGUAGUGACCAGCGAAUCCGGUAUAGUGUAAACCGCGGCUUAUAAGAGUUAUAUUUAUUGCUUGUGUGUAAAUCUGUAAAGCGCAAACAUAUCCAACGCAUAUGCUUUUUAUAAAUUGGCCAUAACUUUCAAAUGAAGCUUUAGUAUUUACUGGGUUUAUGAUUGGAAUUGUAGCUAAAGUAUAGCAGUAUCCGAUAAAUAGCCUUGUUUGUACAACCCACGACCCCCCGUUUUAGGUAUUCUUUUUAGGAUUAUUCUAUAUUACUGGGUAAUCUCUAUAAUGAUUAUUGUCGUAUGUCCAAUGAGUGAUAGCUUUAAAGUUUGUUCGUUCACUGCAAUCAGAUAUAUAAAUCAUGUUGUUCGUUGGUUGUCCGUUAAUCUCUCACUGUGGACACAUGUUGCCAUGAAAAUAAGACGCAGGCCAGGCCGAACGUGUUUAUAUUUCCACAAGCCUAGGCCUAUGCCACCACUUGUAGUGAGCCCAGAUUUCCAGGCAUAGGCCAGACCCCAAGGCCAGGCAAAGACUAGGCCAAAGUCUGUUUACACUGUCAAAAUGUAUGCCACGGCUAAUGCAAGACUUGUACUGUAAACACGACUCAUGAAAUGUUGGGUGUUUAAGGCUACUUGCUACCAACUAUAGUCUUCUGAUUGCUAUUACUUGGUUAGUACAAUAUUGUAUGACGGUUUUUAGGUACAGACUACACUGUCCAAUUCAAUCCGUUGGACGUGCACGGGGUGUCAAACGUCAUGUCGACGUUGAACCGCGCAUUUCAACACUUAUUUGACCGACUUACGAGUGACAUGGCACCUCACGAUCAAGUUCGCUUGAUCCUCAACUCGCAUCAGCUGGACAAAUCCAUUUCCUUGCCUUUCCUACAACGAGAUCGUCUGACGCCUGAACGUUUCCUAGCUGCUAUUGAACGUGUCGUACAGUCCAAUGACCAAUUUACUUUGGAUAACUCUGUCAGCGUCAACGUGGUCCAUGUAGAAAUGCCUAACGGUGCCGGUAGAAAACGACGUGACGUUGUGAACUUGGAAAGUUACUUAACGAAAAAACGAGGCAUAGUCCAAGUCAAAAACAAAGAUGAUCUCUGCUGUGCCCGCGCAAUCGUAGUGGCCAAAGCAAAGCUGGACAAAGAUCCAAAGUAUAAGAGUAUUGUUGAUCACCGACGAGCUAUGCAGACAACCCUUGCUCAUCAACUUCACGAGUCAGCGGGUGUUCCUCUUGGUUCCUGUGGCAUCCCAGAAAUCAAGAAGUUCCAAACUGCUCUUUCUGAUUAUCAACUCAACGUGAUUUCCAAGGAACAUUUGAAUGCCCUCAUCUACUCAGGUCCUGAAGCUGAAAAACACCUAUAUUUGUACCAUCAUGACAACCAUUACGAUGUCAUCACCAGUAUGCCUGCCUUCCUCGCCCGUAAACAGUAUUGCCAUAAAUGCAAGAAGGGCUACGACAAGAUUACUGACCAUCCCUGUGGCGAUCUGUGCAAGUUAUGUAAUAUCCAAAACUGUCCCAUCGUUGAAUGGAAAUUUUGCAAAGACUGUAACCGGUUCUUUAAAAGUGACGAAUGCUUCAACCGCCAUAAAGAUGUCGCCGGUCCUGCCAAAUCCCUGUGUCGUGCUUUAAUUAAAUGCAAGAAAUGCAAACGUGUUGUUACUCGUGCCAGUCUUCGUGAUCAUCAUUGUGGCAAAGUGAGAUGUUCCACCUGUCAAAAAUACGUUAAACGUGAAAACCACCAAUGCUACCUUCAACCUGUAAAGGUAAUGAAGACACGAUCCCCUGAAGAAGGAAACGAUUUGCUCGAUGAUGAUGUGGCCGUGGAAAACGACGUAGAAGACACCAAAAACUUAAUGUUCUUUGACUUUGAGUGCAUGCAAGACGAUGGUAAACACGUCCCCAGUCUCUGCGUAGUCCAGAACGAAAGCGGUGACGAGAAAGCCUUUUCUGGCCCAAACACUAAAGACGAGCUUUGCGAGUGGAUGUUUCAGCAAGAAAACGCGAAUACGACGUUUGUCGCGCAUAACUUCCAGGCCAUGGUACAACGACCAAGAACAGCGUCAGUACGAGUUCGACUUUCAAGCCGAAAUUCUGCGAUACUGUCAAUCCGAUGUGGACAUUUUGCGUCGCUGCUGUCUCGAGUUCCGCGAACUUUUCAGCCAAAUCACAGAUGUUGACCCUUUCGCCUCUUGUCUCACCAUUGCCUCUGCUUGUAAUCUCGUCUUCCGUAAAACGUUCCUCCAGGAGAACACCAUCGCCGUCAUUCCUCCUUGCGGGUACAAGCCUGAAAACAAACAGUCUGUCAUCGCCUUGAAGAUGUUGGCCUGGAUUGCAGAACGUGAUAACAUUGCCAUUCGUCACGCCCGGAACCACGGAGAGCAGCGCAUUGACAAGUAUCUUGUCGAUGGUUUCAACGUCGAGACAAACACUGUUUGGGAAAUUCAAGGAUGCCUGUGGCAUGGAUGCGAAAGGUGUUAUGCCAGAGAUACCGUGAAUCCGAUCAACCAUAUGACCAUGCAAGAUCUUAAGCAGCGAACCCUAGAGAAAAUCCAAUUCCUAAAGGACAACGGAUACAAUGUCGUAGAGAUUUGGACGUGUGAUAUUGAGCGUCAACUUGCCACCGAACCCGAGAUGAAAGACUUCUUCGACAAUUUCGAGAUCUCUGAACCUCUGGAACCUCGUCAUGCAUUCUUUGGUGGAAAGACUAACGCAACACGCCUAUACUACGACGUCCAGCCAGAAGAGAAGAUCCGUCAUGUGGAUUUCUGCAGCCUCUACCCAUGGUAUGUAUGUUGUUGAAGUCUUUUAACUCAAACGUGCUUGUCGUUAACCUUCUUAAGCAAGUUUUAGGUGUAACAAAUACGGCGAGUAUCCAAUUGGCCAUCCCGAGAUUAUUACUGAGAACUUUCAACCUAUCAGUGACUACUUUGGUUUGGUGAAAUGUUCUGUGCUUCCUCCUCGUGCCCUAUACCACCCCGUCCUCCCUUACCGUACUCAGGGUAAAUUGAUGUGUCGUAACUGUGCCGACAACCUUCAACAAGAGCCAUGCCAUCACAGCGACGCCGAGCGAACACUUCAUGGGACGUGGGUGACUUUGGAGCUCGAGAAAGCACUAGAGAAAGGCUACAAACUGGUGAGAAUCGACGAAGUUUGGCACUUCCCCGAGCACACAGAUGGACUGUUUAAGGACUAUAUUGAUACGUUCCUCAAAAUCAAGCAAGAGGUAAGGUUUCAUCACAUGUGUGAUAUUGUCACAUCAUUAGUUUCUCAUUAUUCCUUUCUCUUUUGCAGGCGAGUGGCUUUCCUCCGGAAUGUGACACCGACGAGAAGAAGGGGCAGUACAUCGCUGACUACGCCGCAAAAGAAGGUAUUCAGUUGGAUCCAAGACAGAUUGUGAAGAAUCCUGGUCUGAGGGCGUUGGCGAAGCUCAUGUUGAACUCUUUUUGGGGUAAGUGCAAUGGCAAAUUGUCCACUAACGGUACUUGUUUUUCCUAGGGAAAAAACAAGUGUUUGUUAAAAACCGAUCAUUUCUUGUAGGAAAGUUUGCGCAACGACCCAAUAUGACCAAGGUCAAAAUUAUAUCGGAUCCAGCUGAAUAUUUUGACCUCCUCUUCAGCGACCAGAUUAACGUCACCGACGCGAAUUUCAUCAAUGACGAGCUUAUCGAAGUCCAUUUUGAAAACGUUGACGAAUUCGUGGAAGCCGACGGAAAGACAAAUGUGGUCAUCGCAGCGUUCACCACAGCCCAAGCCCGCCUCAAGCUCUAUGGUGUCCUGAAGCAGUUAAAUCGCCGAGUCUUGUAUUUUGACACAGACUCAGUAAUUUAUGUUUCAAAGGAAGACGAAUGGGAGCCGCCGACAGGAUCCUAUCUUGGUCAAUUAACAGAUGAGUUAGAUGGAGGUUACAUUACCACCUUUGUGUCUGGAGGUCCUAAAAACUAUGCCUACGAGACAAGCACAGACAAAACAGUAUGCAAAGUUAGAGGGAUCACCUUAAACUACAGAACUGCACAAAAGGUUAAUUUUAAUUUAAUGUGUGAUAUGGUUUGUUUAGAAGCGUUGUCUGAUCUCACAGACAGCAUAACUGUAAAUAUACCAUACAAGAUAAAUAGAGACACUAAAGAGAAAAGUGUAAUGACGAGGAGUGAGAACAAGGACUAUCGUAUUGUAUAUAAUAAACGUGUGAUUGUAAAUAAUUUUGAUACAUUGCCUUAUGGUUUUUAA